GUUUACUUCCGGGUUGCCUCCCCGACCAAAACAGUGCGCGGCUGCCCAUUAUUUUUUACGCAGGGUGGCAAGAGGAGUUACUCACAGCGACCUAUUCUAUAUAAGCUGAUUAACGGCAGCCUGGAGAAUGGCCGGGGAGACAGAGGACGAAAUACCUGAAUCAGGCGCUGUGUUCACCUUCGGGAAAAGUAAAUUUUCUGACAACAUCCCUAGCAGAUUUUGGCUGAAGAAUGACACACCCUCCAGAAUAUGUUGUGGAGAUGAGCACACAGCGCUGAUCACAGAGAAAGGAAAGCUGUUUAUGUUCGGCAGUAAUAACUGGGGACAGCUCGGUUUUGGAACCAAGACCACUGUGUCUAAGCCUACUUGUGUGAAAGCUUUGAAGACAGAAAAGGUGAAGCUGGCUGCUUGUGGAAGAAACCACACUCUCGUUUACACAACUCAGGGGAACGUCUAUGCAACUGGUGGCAACAGUGAGGGGCAGCUUGGCCUUGGGGACUAUGAUGAAAGAAGUACUUUCCAAUUGGUGGACUUCUUUAACAAGCGGGGACCAAUCAAAAUGCUCGCUGCUGGUUCCAACACCUCAGCCGCUCUCACACAGAAUGGGGUGCUGUAUGUGUGGGGCGACAACUCUGAGGGCCAGAUUGGUUUGGGAAAAGAAAGCAACGCUGUCAAACCGCAGAAGUUGUCCGUUGGACGUCCUGUUACCUGGGUGGCCUGUGGGUACUACCACUCUGCCUUAGUUACCGUUGAUGGGGAGCUGUUCACUUUCGGGGAGAGGGACAGUGGGAAGUUGGGCCUGCCCACCAACAAGCUGGCCAAUCACAGGGUCCCCCAGCUGGUGGAGGGCAUCACGGACAGAGUCCUGCAGGUGGCGUGUGGCGGAGGACACACGGUGGCUCUCACAGAGGAUUGCCUAUACACAUUCGGCCUGGGUCAGUUUGGGCAGCUUGGACACGGGACCUUCAUCUUCGAGUCACGGUCACCCCGCGCUGUGGACCACUUCCGCAAGGGUCGAGUCCGACAUGUUGCAUGUGGGGAGAACCACACAGCAGUGAUUACAGACUGUGGCCUUCUGUACACGUUUGGAGACGGUCGUCAUGGGAAACUGGGGCUCGGAGAGGAGAACUUCACCAACCAGUUCAAGCCCACACUGUGCCCACGGUUCCUCAAGUACCAUGUAGAUGCUGUUACAUGCGGAGGUUGUCACAUGCUUGUGUUUGCCAAAUCCCGCUCGAAGGCGGAUGAGGAAGUGACCUUGGAGGAGGAUGAUGUGACUGAGGACUUCUGGGAGAAACCCUACACAGAGUUGCUAGGCGACACUGUAGAGUCUGCCACCCUCCAGAGGAGUCUCUCUGCUCGGGUCCGGCGACGAGAAAGGGAGCGAUCUCCUGAGCAGUUUGGGGUGAUGUUCCGCACUCUUCCCCCGCUCUCGUCGGCCCACCUCGGCACCACCAUCUUACCCGUACCCAGCCAGACACUGCCUCCCAGGCUGCACCCGACGGACCUGCAGGACCGAAAUGACCUCAAUCGUGGCCGUGCCAAGAAGAGUGGCCUCUCCACCAGAAUAGGAAAAGCGAAAAAGGAGAAGUCCAAAGGCAAGAAAAGUUCCCCAGCGGACGCUGGAGACGACAGUGAGAGUGUGAAAGAUUUGGGCGAAACCACAGACAUACUAAAUGUUACUCAUAUGAUGAAGAUGGAUCCCAGUGAUCAGUCGCUGACGUUGUCUCCAGUGCAUAAGAAGACAGUUAAGCUUGUGAAAAAGCAGCAUGGUAAGGCCCCACGUGGCGAGGACACUCGUCCUGAGAGUAGUAGGCACGAGCUCACCCCCAAACGGGCACUGCCCACAGAGCGGCUCCAGAGCCCCAGCUCGAGGUCACUGUUGUCCGAGAGUGGGGACGGCAGGGGGGCGCUGCGCCAGGCCCCUCAGACCCGCAGCGGCGGGAAGGAAAAUGUGCUCGUGCCCACACUGGAGUCCGGCUCUAGAGCACAGGUUGGCAAGGGCAAAAGGUCAGAGCAGGACAGCAGGAGGGGGGGGUCUAGGCCUUACUCGCCUGUUCAGAUGCAGCCAUCAAAGGAGAAAGGUCAACUGAUUGAGUUGGCCAAACCUGUUAAAGCUGCCAAAGCGAAAUCUGUGAUUGCUGAAACCAAAGGUGAAGAACUUAGCCAUGAUAGUGACAGUACAGCCGGAAUCAAACCCUCCACUAAAGAUCAACCAAAGCUCUCAAAAGACAAAAGACAGGAACUGAAAAGCAGUGCAGCAAGGGAAGCUGGUGUAAAGAUGGUAGGUGGCCUAAAUUAUGGUCUAUUGACACCAGAGCCAGUUCAUGUCAAACACAAAUCCUCUGGAACUAAAGAAGCUCACAAAGCAAAAGAAACUCCCGAGAUGGCCGUAAUGAAAUCUAAACCAAGUACAGAGCUCAAGACCACAAAAGGGAAAAGUAAACCAGUGAUGGUUCAAAGUAAACCUGCAGAAGGCAAGGACAUGGCAGCUGAAACGACAUCUGAAAGAGACUCUGAAAGUCCUAAGAAAACCAAAGAGGACCUCAAAAAACCAGGCAGUAAAAAACCUGGGUUGGUCAGAAAACCUGACCCAUCAGACGAGCAACAGAUUUCUACAUUGCGCUCUGAAGCGAAAAAAACAACCACUAAGACCAAGCCCGGACACAAAGGUCCGAUUGUUGUAACUGAAGCUGGUCGGGCAACUAGUCGGGGGAAACUGCAGCCUGGUUGGGACACGCAGUCAGAACUGGAACCUGAGCCCAAGACGUCCCCAACAGGUACCCUAUCCGCUGUGUCCUCCAUGAUGCAGGACGUGGAUGUGGAGACUGCGACCAGGCUGGUGAAGACUGUGGCAGGUGGACAACUCUUCUCCAGGCCCAGGGACACCGGCUCGGCCCAGUCCACCCCUCGGACCAGGCCCACGGGGGAGAGGUUCACCAAGCAGAGAGCGGUCUCCACGGCAUCCUCCAAGAGCGAGGAGUCGACCAGCGCCGCCCAGCCAAGCAAGAGGACGGCCGCUACCAUCAACGUCAGACCCGACCCGGGUAGCUCCGGUCAAGAGGAGCCCGACUCAGAGCAGGGGGACGGAGACGAAGAGGGGAGCGACCAGGAGGAAGAGGAGGAAGAAGAGGGAUCUCAAGAUGCAACCCAAAGGCAAGGAGGGACGACCGAGAGUGAGGAAGAUGAGAGCCAGGAGGGCACCGAGAGUGAGGGUAGAGCGCUGAGGUCAGGGAGGAGUGAAGCCAAGACGAAGAGUGGCGAGGGAGAGAGCGGGACUCGCGUAGACGUCACUGACGAUGAUGAUGAUGGUAAUGGAGAGAAGGUUGAUGACGACGACACUCUCGGAGGGAUAACGGACGCAGAGGAGAGUGACACGAGGGAGGAGAGUAAAACUGCAUCAGCCGAGGAAGAGGAAGAGGACACGGUCACCGAGGGGAAGAGUGAGAGUGUAUCAGCGGAGGAAGAGGAGGGUGAGGAAAAGUCAGAGAGUGGGGGAACAGUGGGGGUCAGUGAAGACGAGGAGGAGGAUGGUGAUGAGAUGGAGGGAGAGGAAGAUGAGGAGGAGGGGCAGGAGACUGAAAGUAAACUAAGUGAGGAGGAGGACGACGAGGAGGAGAGCAAAAGUGGUUCAAGCAGCGGGGCUGGAAGCCAGAAGGAGGAGUCCGAGGAGGUGGAUGAGGAAGAGGAGGAGGGAGAGGAUGAAGUGACCGCAGAAGCAGAGAGCGAAGGGGAGGAGGAAGAUGCAGAAUCUGCGGAGGAGGACAGUAAGAGUGAAGGGGACAGUGAGGCAGAGGGGGAGAGUGGAGAAGCAGAAAGCAGCGAGGAGGAGGAGGAGGAGGAGGAGGAGGAGGAGGAAGAUGAGAAAGGGAGCAUCGAAGCUGAAAAUGAGGAGGGAGAAGAAGAAGAGGAGGAGGAGGAGGAAGAAGAGGAGGAGGAGGAAGAGAAAACAAAACCAAAGGUGACAAUCCAAAAAGAGCGAAAGGCCACGAAAUCUUCAAAACCAGACGCCAAACUAGAGGCCAAACAGACUAGGCUAACUGCUUCAGCCAAGGGCCGGUCACGCUCAGGGAGGAAGCAGUCCAACACUGGCUCCCAGGAGUCUCAGCAAUCCCAGUUCUGGGAGGAUGUGCUUCCACAGUACCUUCAUCUGAAAUGACCUCACUUCUAUACCAGUGCCCAGGAUCUGCUAACUUUUUAUUUACUGACUUUCUACAUGAUCAUCUAUAAUGUUACAUCGCCAUCUUCUCUUUGACAUGAACAUCUAUAAUGUUACAUCCCUGCCUUCUUUUUGACAUGAACAUCUAUAAUGUUACAUCCCUCUCUCUUUGACAUGAACAUCUAUAAUGUUACAUCGCCAUCUUCUCUUUGACAUGAACAUCUAUAAUGUUACAUCCCUGUCUUCUCUUUGACAUGAACAUCUAUAAUGUUACAUCCCUGUCUUCUCUUUGACAUGAACAUCUAUAAUGUUACAUCGCCAUCUUCUCUUUGACAUGAACAUCUAUAAUGUUACAUCCCUGUCUUCUCUUUGGCAUGAACAUCUAUAAUGUUACAUCCCUGUCUUCUCUUUGACAUGAACAUCUAUAAUGUUACAUCGCCAUCUUCUCUUUGACAUGAACAUCUAUAAUGUUACAUCCCUGUCUUCUCUUUGACAUGAACAUCUAUAAUGUUACAUCCCUGUCUUCUCUUUGACAUGAACAUCUAUAAUGUUACAUCCCUGUCUUUUUAACAUGAUCAUCUAUAAUAGUACAUCGCCGUCUUAUCUUUGCCUCGCCGUAUGCUUUCAUACCUGUGUUGCCUCUGUUUUCUUUUUCAGUGUUUUGCCAUGGACUAUUUUUUCCUUUGUUUUCUACAUCAAGGAUCUGUCUAUUUCUCUGUCUAUUUGUGUUGGUAAUGAAGUAAUGAACAUGCAAUAUCUGCAUGUUAUAUUGGCAAAGGUGACUUGAGUGGAGUCCCUGGUUGUAACCUAGUUUGAAUGGCCAAACCCAUUCCAUAAGUAUAAGUAUACUAUUUUGAUCCUGUGAGGGAAAUCCCUAACCAGUAGGCCACGACAGCACUACUCACUUUAAGCACUACUCACUCAGGUCAAACAGUCAAGGGCAAACAUGCACAGCUAUCUAGGGCUUUAAGAUACCUACAAGUAGACUUAAACAAUUUAUGGAUGAUUACAGUACAUAUUAAGACUUAAACAAUUAGACUGUAUACAAUUCCAUUGUUUGUAAGUUUUUGGGGACAGAGAACCUACAGCACAAGUGUUGACAGAGUGACCUACAGCAUGCACAAUGCAGAACUCACGCUAAAGGUUUUUGUUGUCUCUUUUGCAAUUACUCAGGAACUCCGGAACAAUUUUGUAUAUCCUCCCUUUGGGUAUUGAAUGUAAUAAGCCUGCCUUCUGUGAAGGGAAACAGUCUCAGAUCUCAUAUACCCUGUGCCUAUUUAUUAGUGUUAUGAAUGUAUGCAUUUGUAAAUAAAUUUUAUUUGAUUUCAUCUCAUGUUUGUAAUUCUCCUUGCACACAACAAACCUAAGAGUCAGAUUGUACUGUAUGGCUUUCUUUAGAACUUAGUGAACAUAUAGACCCUUUCAAGAGAGUUCCAUUAUCAGCAUCAUAGUUGGCCCCACAAGACUUCCGUUUUAACAUUCCAUAUGUUAUCUUAAUGCAGAGGAAGUAGAUUGGGGCCCAAAUAGAACGUUCAAGCAUUGUUUUUGUUUACCUUGUUGAAAGGGUCCAUAGACUAGUUUUCAUUUCUGCAUGGGACCGACACAACACAGCCACGUCACAGAGCAUCUCCACCGUCUCUGCCCAGCAAUUGAACUCUGAAUGCAUUUGACAUCACCAAUUAUUACUUGUAGAAUUGUUAUUUCACAGCUAAGUAAAUUCUGCACGCUGGGAAGUAUCAAUCUAAAGCAACAAGCUUUAGAGACAGAUUCAGUGAUUAGUAGGGUUUGCAGCAUCUCUUCAUCUUGCAUGCGCAUUCACAGUAGCAGCUUGUUACUGCCAGUUUCAUAAUAGGAUCUGUCCACACUGCAGGUGAGAUUAUCAUUUUAACCCUUUCAACACCAUGUCAGUUGAAACUGUGCCAUAUAGUCCUUUGUUUUGGUCUUUAGUGCUGUUGGAGUAGCAUAAAACUAGUAAUCAGAGGUUUGACUUGGCCAGUCAUUGUAGUUGCCCUGCCUUUCACCUGACACAGCUAUUUUCAUCCAUUACAUUGUGACAUACUGAACUUGUAAACACCACCUCUGAUAGCUGCAUAUUUGUGUUGUGUGUGUGUUGUGUGUGUUGUGUGUUCCCCCUGUUUUGGUCAUAUGUUAUUUGUCUCCAUCCGACACAUCUAAGCCUGACUUCUAAGCUGGACUCUGCA